CAACCACCAUACAUUUCGGUCCAACGAGAUACACAUGCUCAAUAGAAUCAAAAGAGCCAUGUCUUCAUCUACAAACACGAGCGGGAAACUGAAUCCGCGAAACUUUCCUCGUCCACCACUCUGCGAGCGAACUCCACGCCAUCUCGAAGUGAAGUGGAAUGGCCAAACCAUCGCAGAUACCAAAGAAGGAUAUUGGGUCUUGGAGACUUACCAUCCGCCCACAUACUACCUCCCACCUUCAUCGCUCAAAGUUCCGCUGAGCAAGAACAGUCGCAAUUCGUACUGCGAAUGGAAGGGAGUCGCUUCAUACUACGACCUCGCUAACCCAGGUGAUCCAAACGAUGUAGCCAAGUCUAGAAUCUGGUCCUAUGACAAUCCGACGGGAGGUUUCAAGGAGAUCAAGGAUUAUUUGAGCUUUUAUGCGGGGCCGUGGGAUUGCUAUGUCGAUGGCGAGAGGGUGAUUCCGCAACCGGGCGACUUCUAUGGCGGGUGGACGACGAGUGACAUCGAUACGACUCAUGUCAAGGGUGCGCCAGGCACGAGGCAUUGGUGAAGUGUGAGAGCUUUUGCAAGUGAAGGCAAACAAGUAGCUACCGUAACUGCUAUUUUGGAAUGUGAAGCUAACAGCUGCC